AUGGAUAUAAAACGUCUGUAUAUUUCUACGUUUUUAAACGUAUUUGUGUUCGUAAUAUUUGGGACUGUUUCAAGUCAAACUUAUGAAAAUGCUACACGUUUAAGAUCGGAUCUUUUAGCAAACUACCAUAAAGAUGUACGACCGAUAAAUAAUCAAUCGGAUGUGGUAAAUGUAAAUGUAACGCUUGAUCUAUUCGGAAUACCUGAAAUCGACGACGUAAGGGGUGUGAUCACAAUAACAGUUGCAACUCAAUGUGUGUGGAUAGAUGAGCGGAUGCAAUGGGAUCCUGCUGAUUAUGGUGGCAUUUCUAAAAUUCUUAUUUUAACAAGUGAAGCCUGGACUCCUUCCAUUUCACUUGGAACGCCUAUUGAAUUUGCUACAAUGGGAUCGGUUAAUAAUCAUGUAAUCUUCUUUCCAAGCGGGUUCGCACUGUUUUAUCCAGGCGCUGUUUUGAAAAGUUCAUGUGGAUUUAAUAUGAAAUUUUGGCCUUUCGACAAACAGAUAUGUGAUGUCGGAUUUUUCCCCUUAGAUUAUACAACGGACCAACUAUUAUUUACGAUAAUUGAUGGGGUAAGAACUCAGUCAUUCACCCCAAACGCUGAAUGGGUUCUUGAAGAUACAUCAUAUUACACUAUAAACACGGCUGCAUUUUCAAUGGCGAAAUUUCGGUUUAAACUGAAACGGCAAUCACUCUUUUAUGUUCUAACCAUUAUUUUACCAAUCAAUGGAAUCGCCGGACUUACCUGCCUCGUUUUUCUUUUACCUAGCGAGUCUGGUGAACGCGUCAGCUAUGCAAUUACGAUAAUGUUAUCCUUAGCAGUUUUCUUGACUGUAGUUUCUGAUGAAAUGCCAAAGUCCUCGGAACCGAUAUCAUUAAUGUGUUGUUACAUUCUGGCUGGAAUAUGUGUGAGUGUUAUAGGAACCGUUUUGGCCAUACUUAAUCUAGCUGUAUAUCACCGUAAGGAAAAUGUUCCCAAGAGACCGUGGCAUAUUUCACUCGUUAUGUUUUCAAAUUGUACUAGAAAUAACAAAGUGAGCGAUGAACAAGACAGGGACAAGCGUAUUCAGGACAUUAAAUACGGUAAUGCACCAACACAUGAUAAGACAAAAGCAACCAAGACACACAUCAUAAAAGUAAAUCAGGCCGAGAAUAAAGACGCUGAUGGUCAAACAAUAACGUGGCAAGAUGUGAGUCUUGCCAUUGAUAAGCUUUUAUUUUAUGCAAUGGUCUUUUUGACGUAUAUUCCAUCCAUUGGGUUCUUGAUAUAUCUUGGUGCAGCCUCAGAUUAUCAAAUGUGA